GCUUGUAGAGGACAAGCAAGUCCAUCAGCUCUUCCGUCGGACAUUUAUUCCCGCAUCCACCAGUGGAAGUUCGCUAAACGAACGAGGUUAGGAGGGAGAAGACUCGGUCUGCUAGUUUUUGGCACUGUAUUUAUUUGACCAUUUAGUGUGUCGUAAAUUAUUAACCAUGAAGUUACUGUGGGCGCUCAGUGCCCUUCUGCUGAGCUGUUGGCGAGUGAAUGCAUCCACAGCCCCGAACAUCAUUACUGACCCUUCAGAGGUCACCAAUCAGACCUCUGCAGUUCUCAGCUGCAACCUGACAGACUCCAGUCUUCCCAUCAAAGGAUCCUACUGGGUGCUCAAUGGCAAAACAAUUGAAAAGUCAGAGUCCUCCGAUUCUGCUCCAUUUACGUCUCUGAGUUUGGACAAGAUCAACCACCAUUCUGCUGGGAAGUAUGAAUGUGUUUUCCAGACAGAGCCAGAGGUGAAGCAGAUGAUUGAAGUGAAAAUUCUUCCCCACGUCUCUGCCCACAAACACUCUGAGCAUGGCAAUGAGAAUGACGCGGUUGUAUUGGUCUGUGACAGCCAUGGCUAUCCACUGCCCACUGACUGGUCUUGGUUCAAAGAGGAAAAUGAUGUCAAAAUGCCUAUCAUCAACGGCACUAGUGACAAAUACGAGAUUAAGAGCACUCCCAACAAGACCAGUCUGACCAUCACUGAGCUGAACAUCGAAGAAGACGCUGGAGACUACUUCUGCUCUGGAACCAAUGAACUUGGCACAAAAACCGACAAGGUCCACCUGCGUGUCCGCAGUCGCCUGGCUGCUCUCUGGCCCUUCCUUGGCAUUGUGGCUGAGGUCAUCAUCUUGGUGGCCAUCAUCUUCAUCUACGAAAAGAGGAGAAAGCCCGAUGAGAUCACUGAUGAUGACGACUCAGGAUCUGCUCCUCUGAAGAGCAAUUCUACCACCAACCACAAAGACAAGAAUGUGAGGCAAAGGAAUUCUAACUAGAAGCUGAAAGAGAUGGACAAGCAGAUGGCGGUCCAGGAUCUGUUGUGAGGCACAUUAUACUGUGCACCCUGCAACUUUAAGUAUCUUUUUGUGCUUGGGUGUUGAUGUUUUAAGAAACUGAAGGAUAUUCUUUUUAUUUUUAUUUUUUUUCAGCUAUAUUCUCUCAUUGUGCAACCAGAGAACAUUGUGUGAAAUACUUCCUGCUUGAGGCCCGGCAUGGGUCAAAUAUCGCAUGAGUUUAAAUACUUGUUCUAGAGAAAUGUGUGUUUGUUGUAAAAUCAUUAGUAUGGUCAUGCGAGGAAUGCGUAGUUAGUAGGUUAUUUUCCGUUUCUGCUGAUGCUUCGUUCACUGACCUCACAAAUUGUUUGAUCUUUUCUUUUGUAACAUAGUUUGGAAUGGAGACUUUUGAAAUCCAGAUCAAGUUUUGUUUCAAGGAUCUGGACAGUGAUCAUGAAACUUUACUUACAUUUUAAGAGCAGCAACUAGAGUGUUUGUAUUCACAUGUUUUAUCAAUCCUCACACCAACAUAAACCAUCGCAGAGUUUUAAACUUUGCCAUAACAAGCGCCAAUCCUCUUGUUUUCUUUGUAUUUCCUUUUUAAAUACAACAUUUAAAGUUAAAUACUGAAAUGACUUAAAUUCAGACUUUCUUUUUGUUUGUUUUUUUGUUGCCAUAAGAAAUUAAUAGUUUUUAGUCAAAAAACACAUUUCAAUUUUCAGGUAUAAGUCACAAUCUCUUUUUGCCAAUGUCAUACCCACAGACAAAAUUAAGGACCAAGUACAGGAAAUGCCAGUUUUGAUACUUCUGUUGGAUGCAACAUAAAUAAUCAUUUUUACUGAUGUAUGAAAUGGCAGUUAAUGCUCAAUAGUAGGUAUGUUUUUAUUCUUUUUCACUUACCGGUGAUGUGACAAAAGGAAACAUUUGUGUGAUCGUCCGACCACUGUCUCUGUUCCUUCACUGCGUAGAUUAUUUAAAGCCAUAUGCUCAUUUAACCUGAGUCGUGCUGUGAUUGGAUGUUAACAUUUCAGACUUGCAUAAAUGAAUAAGACCUAGCCAGAAUUGUGUAGAUUGUUGUACCUUCCAAAUACCUGGAAUAACAUCUUCUGUACAGGUUGCACAAACUGAAUAAAGGUAACUAAUUUUA